UUUGCUCUAUAUCGGUUAUGGAACUAGUGUUACCUAUUAUACCGCUCGUUUACGUCGGUAGUCGCAGACAGAUAGUCACGGAUGUCGCAUUUGAGUCGUUAAAUUACGAUUUCACGUUCGUGUCACGCAAUGUAAAAGAAAGAAAUAGAAGUAGAAGGAAAUAGAAACAAAUGUUCGAUUUACAAUGUUGGUGGAUCAGUUUCGAAUGUUGUUUCUUCUCGGAGUAUAUAUGUAUAUAUACUGUUUCCAAUUCGAUCUGAUUCGUUUUGUUUGAUCAACAAAAGAAUUUAAUUUCGAUCCGAUAGGAUUCAUCAUCGAGAUUCUUAAUGUGUCGUGAGAAUAUUGCAAAAAGCUUGGCGAAGGAAAGGUCAAGGAGUUCGGACCACUUUUGGUGCACCAUCGGAGCUCGAUUUCCAGAGGGACGAUAUUCUGCGUCUGACAUCUUUUUAACGAUGCCUACGCGCUCUUUUUCCAUCGUAAUAAACCAUCACGUGCUAGGAGCCUGGCUUCCAAUUUAUUCGAGUGGCCAACCCUUCUAUGGCAAAGACGCUCGACGUUUUCACAGGGAAUGAACGGGGCGAACCACGUUUCGAGAAGUUUUCCUCCUUCUGACGUACACAAUUCUAUUCCAUCCGUUUCCCCGACUAUUUUAUGAAUAUUUCCAAUUCGAUCGACCUGGAAUCAAGUUUGUCAUCAUGAAAAGUUUCGCCCUUUUCUUAUUGUUUGACCUUUUACGAAUUCGACCAACUUGCAAACGAUGCAUUCUUCAACAAUGUCUAUACCUUAGAACUUAUCGUUUUUCACAUAGAUAAUAUACAUAUUACAUAAACUAUUCAUUCGAAAAUUAUAGAUGCGAUAGUAAAUUAUGAAGUAUCAUUACACUGCAACAUCAAUUUCUGAAAAGUUUAUCAUCAUACGGGGAUAUCCGGUUUUAGACAUUGAUUUCUUUUUGUCUUACUUCUAUUUCGUUCGAAUUUCGAAUACUUAAUUUAACAACAACUGUAAACGUUGCGUUGAAAUCGCCAUUGAUGAAAAAUUUAUAAAAAAAUACUCAAAAAGAAAGUCAUAAAAUUAUCAUCGUUGGUUAAAAUCAAUCAACGAAAAAGUCGAUCAAGCAACAAACAGCAAAGAGACGAGUUUACAACUUGAACGAAGCAAUUUCGGUAUUCUGACGUAAUUAUUUCGAUCGUUUCCUUAUUCCGGAAAUUGUGUCUCGAAUUUUAUAUAGAUCCAUCCAUCUCUCUUGUUCAUUUUUUUUUUCGAGGAUCCGCGAAGAAGAUCUUAGGGAAAGACGCGCGUUUGCGCAGGAGUCGAAGAAUCCUCGCUCUCUGGAUCCUCGAUAUAUCCGAGGUGGUAAGCGAAACUCGGGAUUGUUCGGUCGUGGCUCAUUCAACGUGCACCGGUUGGACUCUUCGAUUUCUUCCAUAGUUGUAGCAACAGGUAGGGCGCGUGGGAUACCACGAAAUUUCGUCAAAGUCACCCCGUUGUUGUGAGAAAAAGUGAAAUUUACACGACUUUUCCUACGAUUAAUUAAGAAAGAUAUCUCGAGGGAGAUAGAAAGUAGAAGAGACUUGUGAUAAUUGUGAAAGAUAAAUCAUCGCGUUUAACCUGAAGGUUUUUUCGAGAAUAGAAACGGAUCACCAUGGAUAUUCAAGAGUUUCGUAUACGUGGUAAGGAGAUGGUGGAAUACAUCUGCGAGUUCAUGAGCAAUAUUCACAAUCGGAGAGUAACACCGGACGUUGGUCCCGGAUAUUUGAGACCCCUCCUACCACCGGAAGCACCGCAACAACCUGAACCUUGGGAGGACAUUAUGAGGGAUGUCGAAUCGAAGAUUAUGCCUGGUAUUACCCAUUGGCAACAUCCGAGAUUUCACGCGUAUUUCCCAGCCGGAAAUUCCUUUCCAUCGAUUCUUGGUGACAUGUUAUCGGACGCAAUAGGUUGUAUUGGAUUUUCAUGGGCUGCCAGUCCAGCCUGCACUGAGCUCGAGACGAUAGUCUGCGAUUGGUUCGGGAAAGCUAUUGGUUUACCGACGGACUUCCUUUAUUUCAGCCCUGGUAGCAAAGGAGGCGGCGUGAUACAAGGAUCAGCCUCGGAGUGUAUUUUGGUAUGUAUGCUAGCAGCGAGGGCGCAAGCAAUUGCUAGGUUGAAAGAAUCAGCUGCACAUUCACACUUGGACGAAACUGCCCUUCUUGGAAAAUUGAUGGCUUAUUGCAGUCGUGAAAGUCACAGCUCCGUCGAAAAGGAUGCAAUGAUUUGUUUCGUGAAACUGAGAAUUUUAGAACCUGACGAUAAAAGUGUUUUACGUGGCGAAACUUUGCGUCAGGCAAUCGAGGCUGACACAGCCGAAGGAUACAUCCCCUUCUUCGUUUCCACCACUUUAGGCACGACCGCUUGUUGCUCCUUUGACAAUCUCAAAGAAAUCGGUCCAGUUUGUAAAAAAUAUCCAGGCGUGUGGUUGCACGUCGAUGCAGCUUACGCGGGCAAUUCUUUCAUCUGCCCGGAAUUGAAGUACCUGAUGGCUGGUAUCGAAUAUGCGGAUUCUUUCAACACCAAUACGAAUAAAUUCCUAUUGACGAACUUCGAUUGUUCCUGUCUAUGGGUCCGGGAUAGAUUCAAAUUGACCAGCGCGCUGGUCGUCGAUCCUCUUUAUCUUCAGCACACUCACGCGGACACGGCUAUCGAUUACAGGCAUUGGAGCAUACCUCUUAGCCGACGAUUUCGAUCCUUGAAACUGUGGUUCGUGAUGAGAAGUUACGGGAUAUCCGGUUUACAGACCUACAUUCGGAAUCACGUGCAACUAGCUAAGAGAUUCGAGGCUUUGGUUAGGAAGGAUACGAGAUUCGAACUUUGUAACGAAGUUGUGUUAGGAUUGGUCUGUUUCCGUGCAAAAGGUUCCGACAAACUGAAUCAGAAACUGCUGAGCACCAUCAAUGAUUCCGGAAAGUUGCACAUGGUUCCAGCAAGAGUGAAUCAACGGUUCACGAUUCGUUUCGCGCUUGCCGCGCCGAAUGCCACUGCUUCUGACGUUGACACGGCGUGGAGUAUUAUAACGGAUUAUCUGGCCGAAUUAUUAGAGUCCAAGGAUGUUAUGGACGAAUUGGCAGAUAUUCGCGAGAAGAAAAGGAAAGCCACUUUGGAGCAAAGAAGAUCGUUCUUCGUUCGAAUGGUGUCUGAUCCUGCGAUUCAGCCAGGAUUCACGAAGACACCGAACAGGACAGGGGCGAAAUUGGAUACCCAAGCGACGAUCGGUGGUAUCGGCUCGAAUCCUCAAUCCACAACCAUGUUUGAUGCCAGACGUUCGUGGAUAUCCUGGCCCCUCGCGUAUUUGAUGCAGGCGAAAGAUGCUGCUGAUACCAGUGAAUUAUCACUUAGAUUUCGUCAUCUGGACACUAUGGUCCGGUUGAAAGCAAGCGGUACCGGAAGUCGUCGCGGUAGCAGCAACGGGUGCAGCCCGGAUCCAUCGCCAUCCGCCUCGCCGUCCCGCGGAAGAUCGCCGAACGGGAGGGCGUAAAAUACCUCGCAAUCGUCUUUUUCUAAAGUUUCCCCUAAAGGUGUAUCGAUAGAAACGAGAAUUAAAAAACAAUGAACGGAUACCGCCGACAAAAAAGGAAUUUAAAAAAUGAAUGAAACGAAGAAUGGUAGACGACUCAUCUAAAAGUUCUCUUAAAAUUGCUCAGCAAACGAACCGAAGACACGCUCGAAAUCGAUCCGGUUAGAUUGUAAUCCCAUCGCCACCUGUUUUGUUUCAGUCAUUUUUUUCGGAAUUUUGCGCGCAGCAGUUGCAAGAUUCUCGACUGAAGGAAGCGCUCGAUAAAUAUAAGUACAUCUUCUUUACUUGCUUAUCGAUCUGUUUAUAUAAGUCUGCUCUCUUUGGAUCGCGACAGAGACGCGUUACCACCAUGCGGAACACGCUACAUGUGUAACAUAUUACUCUACUAAAAUGUACUUACAUUAUAUAUGAUAUAUAAAGCGUGCAUACAUCGACAUAGU